GUCUUCAGAGAAACCAGGGGGACUCUCCUAACCUUAAGGCUUCCAGGAGCUAAACCCAUUAUGUGGGGUCCCAAGCUCUGCCUUGUGCUGCUUCUGGGCACGUACACACUAGCCCAGCAAGAUGCAGGAAGUGUUGAGGAACCAUCUCCAGUCUGCUUUUUGGCCAAACGAUACAGGAACUUCAGACGAUUUGUGUACAACUAUGACGCUGAGACUUUCAACACUGUGAAUGGAGCUACAGACAAUAAGAGCGGCCCCAAAGUCUCCUGCACAGUUGAGGUUGAUGUGCCCCAGACCUGUAGCUUCAUCCUACGCACAACAGAGUGCUCUCUGAGUGAGAUUGUUGGCGUUAAUGAUGAGGGGAAUCCACUGUAUCGUCCUGCUGCUGGAGCUGAGGCUUUCAAAGCCGCCAUGGCAAAAAACCCUCUAAAGAUCACAGUCGAAGGACAGACUAGUGUCAAGCUCUACCCUGAGGAUGAUGAGCCCGUCAACAUCCUGAACAUCAAGAGGGGAAUUGUCUCUGCUCUCAUGGUGCCUGUAAUGGAAGAGGAGAGGAACAAAGAAAUGCCCACCGUGCACGGAGUGUGCUCCACCGACUUCACCGUCAACAGCAGAGAGGAAAUUGCCACUGAUGUGACCAUCAACAGGGAUCUGUCCAGAUGUGACUGGUUCACUGCCCGCAGGCAGGAUACCAGUCCUUUGGCUCUCAUUUCUGGCAUGAAAUACGGCCUGUCCAAGCUGAUUGGGAGCACUCAGAGUUGUAACUACAAGUUUGACAACCAGAAGAAGCACAUGACCAGUGGAAUCUGCACAGAGAAACACAUCUUCCUGCCCCUGUCCCACGAGAAUGAAUAUGGAAUUUCUGCUAUGGUGAAGCAGACCGUGACUCUGAGGGCGACUGCCAAGAUCAACGACAGAAUCUUUGAUUACAAUGAGGACAAUGUCAGGCAUUUGCACAUGGAUGUUGCUGAAGACAAAUCCCCCGUGCAAACCAUGGAUGCUGUCGUUGCCACAAUGCAGGAGCUGCACUCACUGCCAGAGACCACUGAGGGCGAGAAGCGUGCCGGCCUUUUCCGCCAGCUGGUGUCAGAGUUCCGUGGCCUGAAAGGUGACAUCCUGAACUCUGCUAUUGUUGAGAUGACUGACAUUUCCUCCUCUCUGACAUGGCAAGCUCUGGCUCAGUGUGGCACCCCAGAAUGUACCAGCGCCAUGCUAAAAAUUCUCAGGACCUUUAACGAAGAUGCUCUUGAGGUUGAUGCUGUUGUCUACGCCCUGGGGCUACUGCCUAACCCUUCCCACCUCAUGGUGAAAGACUUGCUGGCAAUGGCUCAAUACAAGCAGAGCAAACCCAUCAUGUAUGCCUUGAGCAAUGCAGCCAGAAAACUGUACAAAUCUGAGGGAGUCACCCCAGAGAUCACUGCUGUCUAUGAAUACAUUGCUUCCCUUCUGGGUGCAGACUGUGCUGGGGAAAAAGAGCUGACUUUCCUGAUCUUAAGAGUUGUCGGUAACAUGGGAGAUGCAAUGGAGGCCGCUGAUCCUGCUAUUAAGACCACCCUGCUCAAGUGCAUGAGGCAGCCUACAACCACUUUGUCUGUGCAGCUGGCCGCCAUCCAGGCUUUCAGGCGCAUGUCUGUGACAGAUGAGGUUCGUGUCAACCUCCAGCGGGUCAGCCAGUACCCCAAGGGUGCUGUGCAGAAGCGUCUAGCAGCUUACCUGAUGCUGAUGAGGAACCCCGAGGACAGUGACAUUGAGAUGGUGAAGAAGCUGCUUAAACAGGAGCAGAAUGAGCAGAUCAAGGCUUUUGUGUCCUCCCACAUCUACAACAUCAUUUCCUCAACUGAUUCAGAGACCAAAAAGCUCGGUGAGAAAAUAAUGGAUGCCCUGCAGGACACAGAUGUUUCCACCCACAACGACUACACCACAAAGUCUCGCAGCUAUGAGCUGGGAGUGGCACAUGAGAGCAUGGCGGCCAAAAUUCAAGGCGAUGUCAUUUUCGAUCCCAGCAGCACAUUGCCAAGGGAGGUCUUGCUGGAAACGACCCUGAAGGUUUUUGGCUACAGCAUGGAUAUUUGGGAGGUUGGCAUGGAAGGAAAAGGCUUUGAGCCAACUAUUGAGGCUUUGUUUGGCACAAAUGGAUUCUUCCCUGAUACAGUGUCCAAGGCUUUGUACUGGGCUGAAGACAAGAUGCCACCAAAGAUCAGAGAAGUUCUGGAGAAAUGGGUUGCUCCCCUGAAAUUAGAAGGACAGAAGGUUCCUGAAAAUCUUGUAAGAGAAAUUGUUUUCAACCUCAACAAGCUGGUAAAAGAUCUGCAGAACCGAGAGUCCCCAGAGGCCAUGGCCUACCUGAGGCUUAUGGGAAUUGAGCUUGGCUACAUCAAGAGCAAUGAACUGAGGUCUAUUGCUGAAAAUGCAAUAAUGUAUGGAGAAAUUUUCAUGAAAAUAAUGCCUACCCAGGUCAUGUCUAACCUGAUUUCAAGCACUCGUAAUGAGAUAUUUGCCCAUUACAUCUUCAUGGACAACAAAUUCAUGAUGUCAACAGCAUCUGGCUUGCCUCUGACAUUUGCUCUAUCAGGCACCUUUGCUCCUGGUGCAAAGGGAGGACUCCGCAUGACUCCAAACAUGAAGGAGCUGGUGUUCAUGCCUUCUGUUGGAGUUGAGUUCAUGACUCAGAUGGGAAUCCAUAUGCCUGAAUUUGUUGUCUCUUCAGUUGAGAUGCACACCAACAUGUAUCAUGAGAGCGCUCUCAGGGCAAAAAUCACCAUGGAGCGGAACCAGGUCAAGCUUUCCAUCCCCGCUCCACAGGGCACCACAAAGUUUUUGAGAAUCAGCAAUAAAGUUAUGAUUUUGGGUGCUGGACACAAUACAGUGAUCCCACAUGGACUGGGUGACUCAAGCUGCAGCCCUCUUUUCUCUGGAGUCAAAUACUGCACAAAAACACUUCAUGGUGACACUCGUGGCAAGACGGCUGUUCCUUACUUCCCUCUGAAUGGAGAGACUGAGUUUGCUCUGGACAUCAAGCCCACUAAUGAAGUCUCUGAGUACACAGCCAGUAUCACCUAUAGCGAAGAAAAGGACGGCCACCAGAAGGUUCAUUCUGUGAAGAUGGCCCUGAGAGCUGAAGGUGCUCAGCCUACUGAGGCAGCAGUCACCAUGGAAUACAACAGGAACAGAAACACGUUGACCACUCAGAUCCAUAUACCUGACUUUGAUGUUGAGGCGGGUGUUAAAAUUGGCAUGGCAGACAGCAAUGCCAGAGGCAAAUCCAUUACCCUCGAGAUCUCCAACAAGAACGUGCCACAGCUCACUUUGACUGGCCGUGCCAAACUUCAGGCAAUGACUGAUGGAAUGCUGCAGCUUCAGCUGUUAGUCCCCUCUCUCAGGACAGAUGCCACAGUCACUGCUACCAUGAACAAAGUUGAGGGACUCACCAUCAGUAGUGAUGUCAAGCUCCCAGAGAUCUCCUCCAUCCAUGCAGUCACCUUCAAAUAUGGUGAAGAACAUGCUGAGGUUCAACUGAUGUCCAACAUGAACGCUGACACUAAAGUCCCAUUGCAUUACACUAAGGCCCUCCAGGCCUGGCUCAGGAAGAUUGCAGAGGAUGUUAUGGACCAGCAGGUUGUCAAGACUGAUAUGAAACUACGUCACAUCCUCAACAAAGGAAUUGAGGCCAGCAAUAUCUGGAUGGACAAAGUCUCAGCUGAUUGUCCCUAUAUGGAGAGCCUGAGGAAUAGCAUAGCUAUGAUGGAAAUGCCACCUGUGCCUGAAAACCUGUUCAUGAACCUAGAAAGCACUCUUAGAUACCAGUUCAACCAGGACCGUAUGACCAUCAGUAUCCCACUUCCUCUUGGAGGCAGAUCAUCUAAAGAGCUAAGGAUACCUCAAACGGUCACCACUCCACACAUUUCCAUGCCUGAGUUGGGCGUAGAUUUUGCCCCACGGGGAAUCCAGAUCCCAACGUUUAACAUCCCAUCUGAAUAUGAUCUCACCCUGCCCCUGAUGGGUAUGGUGGAAAUGGCUGCCAAAGUCAGCAGUAACUAUUAUAAAUGGGAGGCAACAGUAUCUGCUGGUAACAACACUGCAAAUUCUCCUAACUAUUUGGCCAAGUUUAACAUCGUGGCUGACAGCCCAAUCAAACUUCUCUCCUUCUCAGCUGCAGGAGCAACAGAAAUCACUGACACAGCAGAGGAAACUAUGGAAUUCACUCUUGAUGGUUCCCUGAAUCACAUGCUCAUCACCACAGGUUUUAAUGUUCAAGAAAGCAUUUCAGUCACAGAUGGUGUGAUGUCAAGAGGCCGCUACAACGUGCACGCUGUCGCCCCUGUGGGUCUGGAAACCUCCCUAACUAUCACUACCCAGAUGACCUUAGAUUCAAGCAAGCUAUUUGGAGAUGUUAACACAAAUGGAAGUGUCACUGUUGGGCCCAUGACUGCUGCCACCACCUAUCUCCACACGUUCUCCAUUGAGCCAGCGAAGAAAGAAGCAAAAAUGCAGAGUUCACUGAAUGUGGUGUCUGAAGCCCUGAAGGUUGAAAACAAGAUGGAAGCAUCAUAUGCAGAGAAGGAGCUUCUGUUUGACUUUAAAACUAAUGUGAACAGCGACCCCAUAUUGCACACCACCAAAGUUAACCUCAGGUACAAGGAUCUCAAGUUUACCAUCCAGUCCAAUUGUGAGACACAUGCUGAUGACAGGAUGCUUCGGAGCCAGAUGGAAUUUGCUGCCUCUAGAGGCCAGGCCAGUCUCAGGAUAGAGAAUCAAGCUGAUGAUACAAGGAACCGUGUCUACUCACUGCUUACUGGUUCCCUUAAUCCCUCUGGCUUGGAGCUCAAUACUGAUGCCUCCAUGAACAUCUUUUCAAGUCUCGCCUCUCACAAGGGCGCCUUUUCCCUGAACAUGAAUGGCCUGACCACCAGCUGUACAACAACCGCCCAGCACAGUCCAUUCACAUUUGAGAACAUUUUCCAUGGUGCAGUUGACACUUCCAGUGCCACUAUGUCGCUCACAACAAAAGGAGGCAUUAAAGAAAACAAAGCUGAGCUCACCAUUGCAGGAAAGAUUGCAACAACAGAAGUCUAUCUCAACAGCAACUUUGAGGCUAACCUCUUUGACAUGAACAGCAGGAACAGAGUGAGCUUCAGAAUGAAUGAAAAUGGCUUGACCCUCUCUAACAACAUGGUUGGAGCUUUCAAAGAGAUGAGGACUGAAAAUACCAAUUCACUGUCUCUUACACUGAGCUCUUUCACCCUGCAGUCCAAGACUGACAACGUACUUGACAGUAGCAACUCUUACAAGCAUGACAUCACAGUCAACAUGGGCCUCUCUGCUGCCUCAUUUACUGUGAAAAAUGACCUGAAGAUAAUGGAGAUUAGCUUUGUGAAUGAUGCCAGGUUCAAGGCAGAGCCCUACAAAAUGGAGCUGACUGGAACAGUGACGGGAGCUUUCUCAGAAGAAGAGCUCAAAAACACUUAUGAAAUCAAGUUUAUUGACAUGGUCCUGUCUGCAAAGUCCAAUACCAAUGGUAAACUCCUGGGAACUCACAUGACACAUACCACUGAUAUUGAGGUUGCUGGCCUGACCAUGAAGUUCAACAAUGUGGCUAGCUUCAACUCACCAUCUCUUCACCUGGACAGCAAAGUCACAACUGUUGCUGAGCCCUUCACUCUGAACAUUGAUUCCAUUUUCAAUUCAAAUGGUGAGGUGCAUCUGUAUGGACAGCAGAGUGGCGAAAUAUACAGCAAAUUUCUCCUGAGAGCAGAACCUAUGCUUUUCACUCAGUCAUUUGAGUACAGAGCUUCAACCACUCACGAACUGGAAGGCAGGCCCACCAUUAAGACAAAUAUGGACAACAAGUUCAGCAGCAUGCUGAGCCUCCAAGAGCAAAGCGUCGCACUGAAGAUGACAUCUAAAGUAAACGAGCAUGCCUUUGAACAAGGAAUGAGUGCCUACAACAAUGCAGAAAGAAUGGGUAUUGAAAUGACAGGAGCAGUCUCCACUCCCCUCUUCAGUGAGGCCAGUGAAAAUUAUGCCAUCUCUGGAUUUGUGAAAUAUGACAAGAACAGUGACAGCCACUCUCUCCAGAUCCCAUUCAUUGAGCAUCUGCCCGCAGUCAUUGAAAACAUGAAGAGCACAAUGAUGGAGCUGAUGGACCGCAGCAUUGAGAUGCUAAACGAAAUUAACAACAGGUAUGAGAUCAGUGCCAAGUUCCAGAUGAAAGUAGCAGAACUGAAGGAGGCCAUUGACAACUUUGACUUCAACCUCUUUGUCCAAGACCUGAGAAAGUUCAUCAGUUCGAUGGAAAACAUCAUCACAAAACUGACAACCAAGCUCCAGACUGACAAAGUCAUGAAAAUACUGAAAUCUAUCAAAGACACAAUCAUGACUUGGAUGAAGAAACAUGACAUUGCAAACAAGUUCAACAUGAUUUAUACCAAAAUAGAAGAAAUUCUCUCCAGCUUUGAAGUUGAAAAAAUGAUUGGCGCCUUCAUGGAUGAGGCUGUUAUAAUUAUGAAGCAGUAUCAGGUCAGGGAAAAGAUUCAGCGUGUAUUUGAUGCUCUCAGGUCAACUGACAUCAAGCCUUUGCUGAAAAAAGUAAUGGUACCUCUUCAGGAGCUUGUAAAUGAGCUAUAUGCCUUUGACUUCAAACAGCUAAUUGAUGACAUGAGUGACUAUUUUAUGAGAAUGGUCCAGAAAGUCAGAUCCUUUGAUUAUGACACACUCACAAUGAAACUGCAAGAGAAAGUGGCAGAUAUAAGCAAGAUCCCCUGUUUUGGAAAACUUUAUGGAGAGUUCAGAGUUACCUCACCUCAUUACAAACUCACAACCAAUGCUGACCUGAGGAACACCACAACAAUUUCAGACACACCAGAGUUCAAAAUGAACCUCAAAUCACAGGCUACAUCUACUUUGCAAAUCCUUAACUUCAUUGUGGAUGCCAGUGCACAUUUAUCUGUGCCCAACAUGAAUCAUUUGUCCAUCUCUGAGGUCAUCAAGGUUCAUCAGUCAUGUCUUAAAUUUGACCAUAAGGGCAAAAUGACCCUUUAUGGUCUGACAGCUGAAGCUUCUGCUGAAACUAAUGCAACAGCAACAACUAAACUCUACUCUGCAGCGCUUGUCAAUAAUGCGGUCUUCAACAUGGAAAAUGGAAUUUCUGUCACCGUGACCACUAACUACAACCAUGACCUCAAAUUGCCUCCCCUCAACAUCUAUAGUGAAAUUAACAUUAAUGAAAAGGUAGUUUUCCUGCUUAAAGAUGGCUUCAUCCAUCUGACCCUUAAUAAUCUGGCCAGUGAAAAAUAUGCAAUUCAGGACUUCUCAGAUGAGGCAAACCACAAGAGCGACUUGGAGAUGAUCAUGAAUCUCCACACAACCAAAGUGAGUUUUACCGGAGCAACAGACAGCCGCCUCCUGAAAAUGAAUCACAAUGUUGUCGCUGAUAUAUGCAUUUUCAGCCACGUAACUGUUGAUGCCAAGGCUGAGACAGAAACACCUUUCAUGAAAAACUGUGUUGCAGAACUCAAGCUUGAGGCAAAGGUUGAAGACAUGAAAAUUUAUUUCACUGCCUCUCGCAGUGUACAGCUGGUUGGUCAGGUUGAGGGAACUCUCUCAAACUCAGCCCUUGUUCUGAUCACACCUAAAGAGCUUAAGUUUGAUACUAAGAACAUGGGAAAUGUCAAAAUUGACCUUCCAUUCAAGGUGUCUGGAAAGAUCGAUCUCCAGAAUGACAUUGCUUUCACCAUGAACUCCAAAGUGCAGCAGGCUAGCUGGACAGGUCUUGCUAGAUUCAACCAGUACAAAUAUUCACAUUACUUUGCCAUGGACAACAGUGAAACUGAAAUUAACAUAUAUUCCCAGAUCAAAGGAGAUGCUAAUCUUGAUGUACUAAUGCAGCCUAUCACCAUUCCUGAAAUUACUUUGCCAUUUGUUGAUAUGAAGACACCAAAAGUGAAAGACUACUCUCUGUGGGAGGACACUGGUCUGGGCAACCUCCUGACCACAACACAGCAAACAUUUGAUAUGAACUCCAAGCUGACAUAUACUAAGAACCAUGAGAUGAUCACCAUGGACAUUAAUGUGGAUCCAGUCAUCAAUGCCAUUAACACCAACUUCAAGGCACUGCACAAGAAAAUGGUCAAUGGAAAGGCCAGGGUUGCAGCCAUCCUCACUACAUCAUAUGACAAAGCAAAGGAAGAGUAUGAAAAGUAUAGCAUUGAGUUGCCUAAAACUAUUACUGUCCCUGCCUAUAAGGUUCCCAUGAUGAAUGUUGAGACAUCUACUUUCACAAUUCCCCUGCCUGACUUUAGUCUCAUCACAAUGCCCACUCUGCAUGUGCCCUCCGCCCUGCACAAGAUGACUCUUCCAAAAAUCACCCUGCCAAAAAUUCAGAGCGUCAACAUCCCAGUUAUGGGCGAUGUGGCCUAUGAGUUCUCCGUGAAGACACCAAUGAUCACUCUCAAAACUAAUGCCAGCAUCCUCAAGCAGGACACCAUCACCAUCAAACUUGUUGCUUCCUCAGCGUCUGAAUUUGAGAUCCUGAAUGGAGAGAUCGAGGGCAACACCAACGUGAACAUAGUGGGUGGAUUUAAAAUGGCCUCUCUCCUCACUGUAAAACAUUCAAUGCUGGAGGGACACCAUGACAGCACAGUCUUCCUGACUAGUGAAAAUGUAGCUAUUGCCAUCACAAAUACAGCAAAGGUCAAUGUACUUGACCUGACCAUGGAACUCUAUCAGGAGAUUACUGGAAAUCCAGAGGAAGGCCUUAUUGUCUCAGUGUCCAAUCCAUCUGCAGGACUCAUUGCAGUUCAGAUGCAGGCUAAGCGGCCAGCACAAGUGAAAGCAAGACUCUAUGGUCGUUACCCCUCUGAGCCAUCCACAGAUAUCGAUAUCAUGGGUCUAAAGAUGUCUGUGAUCAACUCUGAGAAGCUGACCCUUCAGACAACUUGGAAUAUGGAAAUGCCAUACGAGAUGAUGCUUGGAGUGAAGAAACAUGUGCCUGCAGUGAUGGAAAAAGUGUCUGAAUCUGCUGUCAUAACAUACAACGAGGUUAACAAACAUGUCAGAAGCCUCGAAGGUUCCUUUGCACAGGUUAGAAAACAGGGUAAAGUGAUGUUCAAGAAGGCUGUUAACAGCCUUGAAGCAGUAAAAUCUUCUAAGUUCGUGACAACUGUCACAGAUAAUACUGUUUUCAUCCUCAAAAAGUACCAAAAGAAAGUUGAAAGGUUCCUUGAUGCACUUGUUAAAUUUCUGAGAGAGACCAGGUUCAAGGUUCCUGGCUAUAAAGAGAAGCUAUCUGGGCUUGAGGUCUAUCAGAAAUGUAGUGCUUUUGUUGCUGAUGUAUCUGAAGAAGCUGUCCAGAAGAUUCCAGAGUACUUUUCUUCCAUGUUUGCAACCGCCCUUGAUUAUUUCAAAGCCACUGAAUUCACCAUUCCAGGUUCCAAUCACAUUGUCAGUGGAAGGGCAAUUCUUGAUGAUUUGUUGGUAGCCUUGAAGAAAAUCCAGUACCAAGUGAUUGUUACUGUGAGAAAACUUGGAGAUAUCCAGCUGGAGGACAUUAUAGAGAAAUUAUCAGCAAUCAUGCAGUUUACCAUCCAACAAAGUGAGAAGCUUCUCCAAACUCUAAAAUCUCAGAAUCUGGAGACGCUUUCUGACUUUGUGAGUGCUGUGUACAAUGAUGCCAUGAACUCUCCUGUUCUGACUGAUGUCACCAAGCAGGUCGAAGAGGUGCACAGAAUUGUUCUGGAAUAUCUAAAAGCUGUGGCAGCUAAACUCCACAGUAUUUUGGCCGAUCUGUCUAGUGAACAGCUCACAGCUGAUGUCCAGUCCUGGAUUAACUCAAUGGUAAAAGGGAUUAAUACUUUCCACAACAAUGUCAUUUCAACCUUGAAGGAAAAAAGCAAAAAUAUUGAAAAAUAUGUGAGAGUAAGUGACCAAAAGGUGGAGGUUGACAUUCCGCUGCCAUUUGUUGCCUAAUUCAACUAAGUGACCAUAGCUAACAAGGACAGUGGUUGUAAUAACUUUCUGUAUUUUGUAACCAACAAUGCAAUAGUGAAUCUAUUUUCAUAGCACCAAACAAAACUGAACAGUAACAAUGAUGUCUGUAUAAUGUUUGUUCCUUUACUAGUUUUCAAAUUGCCAAUUUUGUUUAUUAUUUCACAGCAGGUUCCCAUUGCUCCCUUUGUGUCUUUUACUAUUUAAAAAAAAUCCCUAUGUGAGGGUAUCAAUAAAUACAGUUUGUACUGCA